AUGUUUAAUUGAUUUGUGUGACCUUUCGUUGCGAAAUUUAUCAAUUAUCAUCUGCAUGCACACCAUGCACACAUUCAGUGUCAAAUUACAGUAGUGGUAUGGCUGAAGCUCCGCUUCACGUUGUUGUUACAUCCCUGGAAGACGCAGAAAAACGAAUAAACGAUUUCCAAGUUGAGACAGUAACAAGUUUUACUGUUUUUCGUCGGAAUAAGGGAUUCAGAGAGGACAUCAACGACUUUGGUAAACGCAGAGUGAAGUGGGAGGAUGUGAGUCGUGGAGAAGGACCAACAAUUCAAUAUAAUGGAACGCCAUUUAUGAUAUUAGGUUGGGAUGUGAGGGAGUGCCAGUUUGGACCGGACAGGAAUGUUAAAAAAAAGCUGAAGUAUCAGUUGGAAAAGACCUUGGAAGGGAAAAAAGACCAUUCCUACUUACAAAAAGGCAGGACGUUGGUGCAAAACACCAAGAAGCAGGAUUGUCCUGCAAGAAUUUACUUAAAAAGAAUAUGUAUUUUUCCAGAAUAUAAGAUCAAUGGUCCAGACUCCAUCUGGAAAAGAAAAGACCAGUCAAGGAGACAUAAAACUGCACUUGACGAGAAAAAGGACCAAGUGGCAUGGGAAGAGGAGAUUCAUAUACCUUUUCCCUCUCAGGCUGAACUUAGGAACCAUGUUACUGGACAACUUGCAGGGUUUUGUCAGCCUGUCGACAGAGUAAUUAAGAAAAAAAUUCAAUGUCUUAUGGACGAAGGUGUCACAAAAGUAGCUGAAAUGAAACGUCAUCUUAAGAGUUUCAGUAAAAAAGAUCUUGGAAAGACAUCCACACAAAAUAGACGCUUCUAUCCAUUAGAUAAGGAUAUCAGAAAUGUGAUGGACUCGUAUAAAAAUCAAACAAGAUAUUCCAAGGAUGAUAAAGAAAAUCUUGAGUUGUUGUUGAAGAAAUAUAAGUCCACGAAUGAAAAAGACAACUUCUAUCUUGAUAUAUCUGAAACUGAAGAUUUCCUCUUUGUUGGCCAGACAGAAUGGCAAAAAAGAUUACUCAAUCUGUAUGGUCAAGAAAUCUGUUUGUUGGAUGCGACCUACAAAACAACAAAGUAUGACCUACCAGCAUUCUUUGUAUGCUUCAACACCAAUGUUGGUUACACCAUUGUUGGCUGCUUUAUUACUGCAGAUGAAACAAAGAAGUCAAUAAUGAGAGGUCUGCAGUAUCUAAAGCAAUGGAAUGCAGACUGGCAUCCUAAAUAUUUUAUGACUGAUUUUGAUACAUCUGAAAUUAGUGCCAUAGAGGAAACUUUUGAAGGUAAAAGAAUGAUUUUUUUUUCUUUUAUAUUUUGCUGUAGUAUGGCAAGUUAUAUUUUCUUACUGGUGAACGAGAGUUAA